UUUGUCCCUCUUUAUGAGCCGUAGCCGGGCUCGUUUUUAAAAUAAUUCUGGCUAGAUGACAGUGGUGUGUUGAGCACUAGAACCCUUUUUAUUUUUUAAAAUACUGCUUCAAGAAUACAGAAGACAUGGCCAUUCAGCCGAGCAAUCCCAAUAAUCCAAUCGUGUUCUUCGAUGUGACUAUUGGUGGUCAGGAGGUGGGACGAAUGAAGAUUGAACUGUUUGCAGAUGUCGUGCCUAAAACUGCAGAGAACUUCAGGCAGUUUUGUACCGGAGAGUUCAGGAAAGAUGGGGUCCCCAUUGGCUACAAGGGCAGCACCUUCCACAGGGUGAUCAAGGACUUUAUGAUUCAAGGAGGGGAUUUUGUAAAUGGGGAUGGAACAGGAAUUUGCAGCAUCUACAGAGGUCCAUUUGCAGAUGAGAACUUCAAGUUGAAACACUCUGCCCCAGGUCUGCUCUCUAUGGCAAACAGUGGACCGAGCACCAAUGGCUGCCAGUUCUUUAUUACAUGCACUAAGUGUGACUGGCUUGAUGGCAAGCAUGUUGUGUUUGGAAAGGUGAUUGAUGGCUUACUUGUAAUGAGGAAAAUUGAGAAUGUUCCUACAGGACCCAACAACAAGCCAAAGCUGCCUAUUCUUAUAGCACAGUGUGGAGAAAUGUGAUAACUGCUGCUUCUGUGCUGCACAUCACCAUUUCUGUUGGAUACCCGCUGGUUUACGUGGGUCAUUUGUCAGGACUGUCUUUUAUCUGCACGUGUUCGAAGGAAAUUUUCACUGGACCGGGACACCAUGGAGAUUGUAAUAUAAACUUUUUUUUUUAAAUAUUUGAAAGAAAAGGGAUGAUGCUUUUACUAAAUUUAAUAAAGAAUCCCUCAUUACCUAUUUGCCAUCAUGUCUUAUAUCUGAAGAAAGAAUGCAAAUUAGCAUAAAAGACAACUAAGGUAUAAUUAAAGAAGAAACUGAAAUUGCCACAAAACAUAAAUUCAGUACAGAAGCUCUGGUGACACGUGUUUGCUCUCUUCAGUUUGCUGUUCCAUUGAAAUCCUGCAUUUUAGUCUGCAGGGCUCCAGACUAACAAAAAAUUACUUGGAAGCCACUGGCUCCUAAAGUGAAACAUUUAGGAGCAAAAUUUCUUUUUAGUUGCCAAAUUACAGAAAUAAAACUGUUUGUAGUAACAUAAAAAGUCAGUGUACACUAUUCUAU